AUGGCCGCUUCGAGCAGCGCGGCCGCCCUGGGCCUCUGCGCCACAGUUAUGUUGCUUGAUACGGCUUUCAGUAAGAGUGUCAUACCAGAUUUAGAUGACUCGUUUAAAGAAAGUCGAAAAGAUGACAUUUGGCUUGUGGAUUUUUAUGCACCAUGGUGUGGCCAUUGUAAAAAACUGGAACCGAUUUGGAAUGAAGUUGGGAUUGAGAUGAAAAACAUGGGUUCUCCGGUGAAAGUUGGGAAGAUGGAUGCUACAUCCUAUGCCAGCCUUGCAGCAGAGUUUGGAGUCCGUGGUUACCCAACAAUCAAGCUAUUAAAGGGGGACUUGGCAUACAACUACAGAGGACCACGGACUAAAGAUGAUAUUAUUGACUUUGCUCACAGAGUAUCGGGGGCUCUAAUCCGGCCACUGCCAAGCAGGCAGAUGUUUGAACAUGUGCAGAGGAGGCACCGUGUCUUUUUCGUUUAUGUGGGUGGAGAGUCACCUUUGAAGGAGAAAUACGUAGAUGCGGCUUCAGAAUUAAUUGUGUACUCAUACUUCUUUGCUGCCUCAGAAGAGGUGGUUCCUGAGUCGGUGGUGCUGAGAGAAAUGCCUGCUGUGCUGGUUUUCAAAGAUGACACUUACUUCAUUUAUGACGAGUUUGAAGACGGGGAUCUGGAGUCCUGGAUCACCAGGGAGAGGUUUCAGAACUAUCUCACCAUCGACGGCUUCCUCUUGUACGAGCUUGGAGAUACAGGAAAGCUCGUGGUGAUUGCAGUUAUUGAUGAGAAGAACACAUCAAUUGAACAUACCAGGUUAAAGUCAAUUAUUCAGGAAGUUGCCCAGGAUUAUAGAACCCACUUCCGUAGGGAUUUUCACUUCGGCCAUAUGGAUGGAAAUGAAUAUAUCAAUAGCUUACUGAUGGAUGAACUGACGGUCCCGACUGUAGUGGUUCUGAAUACUUCAAACCAACAGUACUUUUUACUGGAUAGACAAGUCACGGAUGCCAAAGACAUGGUCCAGUUCAUCGAUGCCAUUUUGAAUGGUACAGUAGAAGCCCAAGGAGGUGAUAGCAUUUUGCAGAGAUUGAAAAGAAUAAUGUUUGAUGCCAAAACUACUGUUGUGUCGAUAUUCAAGAGCUCGCCACUCAUGGGCUGCUUUCUCUUCGGCCUGCCACUGGGUGUCAUCAGCGUCAUGUGCUAUGGGAUCUACUCAGCAGACACGGACGGAGGGUACAUCGAGGAACAGUAUGAACUGUCCAAGAGUGAAAUGGAAAGUCCAGACCAGAUGGAGGAAAACAGAGACCAGCAGGAGCCCAGUGAUGGGGACUCUGCAGAGCCCCCAAUGCAUGAACCCAAAGAUGCUUUAGAAAAGAAGAAGGAUUGA